AACCUCUGCAGUGAGUGUCAGGGAAAGAUGGAGCGAUCUCUACUUCUCUCUCUUCUGUGUGUGUGGGCCCUCAGCAGCCUGUCUACAGCAUUAGAGGAGGCAACGGAACAAUGCCCAGAGAGAAUACUGGGUAAUGAGAGAAGACGAGUAUGCCCCAAAAAGUGCCAGCAUGACAAAGAAUGUGGCAGUAAGCGUCAGUGUCUCUGUGACGGGCAGUGUGGACUCAGCUGUGUGGCCCCAGGUCGCAUGUGUCCAUGGCCUCUCCCACCUGGCAAAAACUUUGAUGUAGCACUCCUUUCCCCUUCACCUUCUUUCUCCGCUCUGCUUGAGGUCCGUUGUAAGCCUGGGUAUGCCAUGCCUAACGGGUUGGAUGCUACAAUACGCCGUUGCCAAAGUGACCGGCAGUGGAGUGGAGAUGAGCCUGUUUGUACAGCUUCCCCAGGUGGAGGUCUUACAGCAGAGCCGAUUCUGGUGCCUGAGGUGCCCUGUUCUUUGCCUGAUGAUGAUAAUCUGCUCUCUGUGCAGGGCAGCACAGCUGUGGGAUCCACCACCCAGUACAAAUGUGCAUCUGGAUAUGUGCUGGUUGGGCAUAGCGAGAAUAUCUGUCAUGAGAAUCAGACGUGGCAAUACCCUCACCCCGUCUGUCGCCGUGUGUUUUGUCCUCCUCCUAAGGAGGUUGAUCAUGGUCACCUGGUGGCUGUCCAGAGAGCUGAAUAUGAGGUGGGAGACACAAUCUAUUACCUGUGCAAGAAGACCUUCUUGUUGGAUGGGCCAAAUCAAGUAACUUGUCUACCUAAUGGCACAUGGAGCGCAGAGCCUGCUUGCCAGGCCCGUUGCCCAAUCCCAGCACAACGCAGCAGAGUGAUAGUGGGCGGAGCAAAGCGCUGGCCGUAUGAUUUGACAGAUGGCGUAGUUGCUCAUGGAGAGAAUGUGACAUUUUUCUGUAAACAUCCUGACAAACUAUGCAGCUUCACUGCCACAGAAGUCUGUGUGGAUGGACAGCUCACGCCACCUAGUUGCUACCUUGACCCCACCUGGCUGCAGUUCAAGCUCUUUCCUCAUCGGCUGGUUUCUGAGAUUGAGGCAUGUGACCCUGCUGACCCUCAGUGAACUUGUCAAAUAUCACUAGAACUGCAAGAGAUUUCAAUUUAACCUAAACUCUGAUUUCAGACAAGGCAUAUCGGCACACAAAGCUCUCUCCUCACUUUGACACAUCAUCACCUGACAGGGUUCUUGAUCAACAUAAAUAAUCUUAUUAAUGUGCCUUAUAAACGACUUUUUGACUGGAUCCCGGUAGGAUCUCACAGUUAUGUCUCAUUUAACACUGUAUUCUAUUUUGUUUGUUGCAUUGACAAAGUUACCUUAAACAGAGCAUGGAGAUAGAAAGUUUGCAUCAUAUCUGAUGUAUGCAAACACCCUCAUACUUGUUUGAGAUCUUGGUACAAGUUGCCAUAAGCUGCUUUCUUUUCUUGUAUUUUGUUGUCAUUCAAAGUGUAAAACAGUUUUUUAGGUAGCAUUUAUGUUUAUCUUGUUAUAUAUAUCUGUAGUUUAUUUCUUUGUUACAAAAGUGUUUUCCUGUUUUCUAAAAAGCAGUCCACUUGUUAGACUGUUUUGUAAUGGGUUCAGAGCUAAAUUAUUUUUGACUGGACUGCUUGAUUGGAGAGUAUAAUUGUUCAGAAUAUUAUAGCAGAAAAGCCUUGCAGAUAAAGCCUAACUAAAUUAUUUCUUCCAGAAGGAUUCAGUUUUGCAUUAUACAAACUUCACAAUGAAUCAACUUUGAAUGAAAAAGUGUUUUUCCCUCUUAUGCAUUUCACAAUAAAGACACAGU